AUGGUUGAGAUGGUUAUGUCAUUCACCCACGAGGUUUUUAAUGAAAGACUUAAGACCAUUGAAGAAUCGCAAGGGCAGCAACAAGUUCAAAUAAAUGGAUAUAAGCUUCUGAUGAAAGACAUCCGUUUAAAUGCACUUGAAUGCGAUUUACUCCCUAUGUCAGAAAAAAUAAUUGAAAUCCUUGUCGAUGAAAACUUGAGUUUGUUGAUUUCUCAGCCAGUACUUAAUGAAUAUGUUUCAAAAAUCAUACCCACUUUCAAGUGUGAACAGGGCAUGCAUUUGGCUCAUUUCAUAUUGGAUAAAAUAAGUCAUAGAAUAUCAUCUUUUGAAGAACUAGCGACCAGUACAUAUCUAUAUUUAUCAGAAAGUUAUGAGAAAAAAAGAAAUUUUAAACAAGCAGUCCAUAUGCUGGUCUCUAUUCCACUUGAAUCAGGACUAAAAAUAUUUACUCUCGAUUAUAAAUUAAAAAUGUACAUUAAAAUAAUAAAUCAUUACUUGGAAGAUAACAAUUUACCACAAGCUGCGUUGUAUCUUAAUAGAGCUUCAAUAUUACAGAAUCUAACAGACAAUAAAUAUCUUCAGACUUGUUAUAAAGCAUAUUACGCUCGCUUAUUAGAUGUUCGUCAUAGCUUUAUUCAGGCUGCAUAUAUUUAUGUUGAAUUGUCUCAUGCAACAAAUUUAACUGAAGAUGAACGCAUAACUUCAGUUAGGAGUGCUUUAUCAUGUACUAUAAUAUCCUCUCCUGGUGUCAAACGAUCCGAACUGUUACAGAAAUUGUUUAAAGAUAAUAGAAGUCAAAAAUGGCUAAGUUAUUCAAUUUUAAAAAAAAUGCAUCUGUGUCAUAUGAUUCAACCAGACGAAAUUGAAGAAAUAAAAAAAAUACUUUUGAAACAUCAUUUAAAAAUAAUAACAGAAUAUAAAACACCCUUAUUUUCUGAAGCUAUAAUUGAGCAUAACAUAAUAUCAAUCAGUAAACUGUAUAAAAAUAUUAGAAUUCAAUCACUGGGAGAUUUAUUGAAAAUUGAUCGAUAUAAAGCUGAAAAAGUAGCAGGAAAAAUGAUUAGUGAAGAAUGCAUGGAAGGUUCAAUUGAUCAGAUUGACGGUUUUAUUUAUUUUCGAUACAAUAUGCCACAAUGUGAGAGGCAUACAAAUGCCCUUAUUUAUAAUGGUUAA